AUGGUUCCAAGACGUUCGAAGGGUUCCAAGGUCUCUACUGCCAAUCCUCGUUGGAUGUCUGGUGAAGAAGCCGCGAAGCACGCCAGUGAUUUUCAGGCUGCUCUUGUGCAGGUGCAGUCAGUUAGUUCGGCGAAGCUAUAUUCCCCUUUCCCGCUGACCUUGAGAGGUCCCUACAAGAGUCCUGGGCCCUAUCCUCCAAAUAGUACGACUACCUUUGGUCCAUUUACCAAAAUUGGUUCCAGCGAGGAGCCCAAGCUCGGGCUAGGAGUGGGACCCACAAAGACGGGUUGGCCCGAAGGCCAGUUUCGCCCGAGCUCAAGCUCGAGGGCUGAUGACAUCAGGCGCGACGUUAUUGUGCGGUAA